CCACAAUGCUCAGGCGCUCCUGAUUACCCAGAAGCGCUUUCUCCACUCGUCCUUUUCAUAACUCCUUCCUGUAGUCAGAUCGCUACUCCACUCGUUUCAAUAGCAGCAAAAUGUCUGGACUUCUGCGGGGACUCGCCAGAAUCCGCUCAGCUCCGGCUCUGCGGGGAGCAAACUUCACCCAGCGGGCGAAUAUAAACACCAAGCCGGCCAAGGACCCAGUGGGCCCAAUGGAGACGACAGUUGGUCUCACUAUGUUUUCUAUUGCCAUCCUGGUUCCAUCCGGAUGGGUACUGGCCAAUCUGGAGGACUACAAAAAGAGGGCAUAAUCCUGUUGUCCUGGCCUGAAAAGAGUGCACCUGUGCAUCCCAUCCAUCUGGGACCAUUGCCUCUUGUUGUUCUUGGCCCAUCUUCAAGAAAAAAGAAAAAUGUCCUGAGCCACCCACCCUUCAACCUCUCGAAGAAGAGGCAGUUUACGAUCUUCGAGCCACUCUGACAUGUUGGUCUAAUAAUUGAUGGACUUCAUAAAUUCCUUUUAUUGGGUGAUUCUCUUCUUGUCUAUGUUGUUACACACUUAAAAUAAACUGUUAUUUAACUCUGAAA